AUGACAGUGUCUAUUGUCUCAAAACGGAGAAAUCCCAAGCGAGACGAUUUACAAGGAAUCCGUGGUCUCGCGAUUCUUUCUGUGCUGGGCUUUCAUUUUUACCCUAACUAUUUCCCGAAUGGUUAUCUUGGAGUCGAUCAUUUUGUACCACUCAUUUUUUUGAUUGGACAGCAGUUCAAGGAAUCAUCUAGAUAUGGUUAUUAUACAGUCAUUGCCACCUUAUCUUUCAUUUUCCAUUUUUUCUCUUCUCCGACAGUUUCAUUCAACUGUGUUUUUGCUCGAAUUUGGCAGUUUUUGAUAGGAAUGUUGACAUAUUUCAUAUCAAACACUCAACUUGUUACGUGUGAUAAAAAUGAAAGCAGUGAAGGAGAAAAAGUUGAAGUUGAAGAAGUUGAAGCUAGAUUAUUGGAAGAAAAUCAAAACGAAAUGAAAAAAGAAAUUGAGGAAGAGGCAAAUUUAUACUCCAAAUAUAUUGUUCUGGCAAUAAUGGUCUUUAUGAUAUUGCUUCCUUCGGAAAUUCCUACAGAAAUAGCAAGACCAGUGUUCACAAUUUGCACAGGAGUCUUAAUUGUUUUAACAGUGAAAGAUCUAGUUUUGAGCUCUCGAUUUUUGAUAUACUGUGGUGAUAUCUCUUAUUCUUUAUAUCUGAUCCACUGGCCAAUAUAUGCAUACGUCAAACUCACAUAUCCAAACAACUUCUGGAUUCUAACAGCAGCCCUCUUCGUAUCGAUCAUGACAUCCAUUGUUGUUUUUGAAACUUUUGAAAAAUGGUACUUGAGACAAUCUAAUAAAGUGGUUGCUGUCAUUAUUAUGAGUCUAUUUAUUUCGAAUAUUUUAUAUAUACAUAAAGAUGAAAUUCAGAAGAGAAUGACAAAGCAGGAAGAAGUCCAAUUGUGA